CACCAGGUCUGAUAUCCAGCGUCUUCUCAAAAGUAGAUUGAAGACUGUCAUCAAUAGACGCCAGUGAGCUGUACCAGCAGCACCGAAUAGUCUCUUCACAUAUCCCGUCAUUAUGCUCGACUCCACCACAUUACGGUCCAUUCCAACACCAUCCGUCAUCCAAACCCUUCUGGCGGUACCCUUCGUCCUCAUCACAAUCAGCCUGCUAACAUGGUUAACGACAACAAUCAACUGGUACCACUCCAUAUCACAAUUCAAAUCACGAACAAAAUACCCAUCAUCAACACUCAAACCAAUCGCACCACCUCUCCUACCGUACGCCAUCCCAUGGCUAGGCAGUGCCCUGACCUUCCUCAACGAAAACCCAGGCUCCUUCUGGCGUAUGCUCCGCGCCAAACUUGCCAGCACAGGAACAAACAUGCAAGUCUGCACGAUACUGCUCGGCGGCCAGAAAGCUCACGUGGUCAACUCAGCGGCGGCCGUCCAAGCGCUGUUCAAAAGUAAAACCGUCUCGCGCGACCUUUUCAACCGUCAAAUCGCCAUACAGGGGCUCGGCACGUCCAAGGCAGACGCCGACAUCAUGUUCCCGUCGGCGCCGACAUCCGGUCACAUCGACAGUAAGGUUGAUACCAUGGAUGCACUCAACCACGAGUUCCUGCUCAGUCAGAGCGCCGCAAACUCUCUAAUGAGCAAGUUCAUGGACUUUUUCCGGUCAUCGCUAGACAAUGUCGACUUGGACAGCAAGGAGUGGAAGCAAGUCGACCUACUCGCAUGGUGGAAGAAGGUCAUGUUCAACGCCUCGACUGGCGCGGUACUGGGAACAAAAAUCCUCGAAAUGAACCCAAACCUCGCCGAUCAGUUUUGGGAGUACGAUGCGGGAUUUCUGGCGCGCUUUUAUGGUUUGCCCAGGUUCAUCAAACCGAGGGCGUAUGCCUGUCUGGAUGAGAUGCUGGACAAAACGGAAGCUUGGGUCGAAUAUGUGCUUGCCGAGCACGGCGGUGACCCCCCCGAGGAGCCGGACUGGGAACCACUGAUGGGAUCAAAAGUCGUGCGAGCGAGGCAUCGCUAUUACAACAGAGAAGGCUUGAGUUCCAGAGGCAGGGCCGCUUUUGAUCUCGGGUUGCUCUUCGGCCUCCAAUCAAAUGUUAUACCUAUCACCAGCUGGAUACUGGCUCAUCUCCUUUCCCCUCUGACACCGGCCGACGUGCUGGUUAGAGUGCAGGAGGAGAUUGGGAGCGCAAGAAGGCCGGACAACGAGGUGGAUAUUUCCAUUCUUGUGGCUCAGCCGUUAUUGAAUUCCAUUGUGCACGAAACUCUGAGACAUUAUGUUGAUGCGCUGGUGACGCGUCAAUUGAAAGUGGACAUGGUUCUUGACGGUUACCUAUUGAAGAAGGACGACUUGGUGAUGGCUCCGAGCUCCUUAAGUCAGCAUGACCCCCAAUUCUGGGAACAAGAUACCGAGCCUCCAGCUGAUGCAUGGUAUGCGGAGAGGUUUCUGAAACAAGAUCCAACCACGGGGAAGCAGACGUUCAGCACUUCUUGGACCGCCGGGAAAUUCUUUCCGUUCGGUGGAGGCACUCAUGUUUGUCCUGGUCGGAUCUUUGCCAAACAAGAGAUUCUUGGAGCACUUGCGACCUUGCUGCUCAAGUUUGAUCUUCGAUUUGUGGAGUAUUUGGGUACGGACAAGAACGGAAGCGUGGUGAGUUUAGGGAAAGGGGCUGCUGGCUUUCCCAAGGUGAGGAAGCAGUAUGCCGGCAAUGGAACUUUGAGUAUGGAUGGAGACAUUCGUGUGCAAAUGAGAGCACGCUGAUCGGGAGGAAACUGAGAGUUCCCAGCCCAUUUACUGGAAUCAUGAGACCGCCAUUGUCGCUGUGAGACACCAUGCUGUCAAGUUUGCAUUUAAAGGUCACCGGAGUAUCAGCAGCCGUCUUUAUUCUCUACAAAACGUCUCGGAUUAAGCGUUCAAGCGGAUGUUUACUGGACAUUGCCGCACG